AUGGCUGCUUCUACGGCUGAGAACCUCAACGUCCCAUCCCUGGCUGAGCAGGCCGAGCAAAAAGUCUUUGAAGAACUGGCAAACCAUGUUCAGAACGAAGGCAGGCAAUCGCUCUUUGCUAUUGGCGGUUCGAUUCCAAUCACCUCUCUUGACAACCAUUUGAUCUGCGAGUCUGACGAUGCCGGCUCGGAUGGCGGCAACGAGACCAGCAAGGAAGCCUCCAAGGAGUCCAGCAUCGAGCAAGAUGUCAAGGUUGUCGACGCCGAUGACAGUGACAGUGAACGGGAGGACAACCCCCAAAUAGCGACAUCACCAGCAGCUCUACCGGGACCUGGAGGUGCUGCUGUCCACAAAAUGCGUUGCGACCCGAUCACAGUCAGAUGGGACUCAGCUGCCAACGCCGGGUCCUCCCACAAGGUCACCUUACCGUGUACCGACAGUCAGAGGCCCUCCUUCGAGCAGCUCCUUAAGGAUUGCCAGCCAGCCAGCUUUGGACGCGGUGGAAAGGAUGUCGUGGACGAGACAUAUCGCAAGGCCGGCAAGCUGGACGAGUCUGAUUUUUGCACAAACUUCAACCCCUAUGCCCUCGGAAUCAUCGACGCUGCGGCGCAAGCUCUUGCUCCAAACAAUUGCAGACAAACAAAUGAGACCCACGGUAUCCGGGCGGAACUGUACAAGCUGAAUGUGUAUGCAGCGCCCUCGGGGAAGUUCAAAUCCCACGUUGACACCCCGCGCUCGAAACACCAGAUCGGAUCUCUGGUCGUCUGCCUUCCGAGCGUCCACGAAGGCGGACAGCUAGUGCUCCGCCAUCAGGGUCGAGAGAUCGUCUUCGACUGGUCUGGUGAAAAGGCCAGCAGUAGCAUUCAAUGGGCAGCUUUCUACAGCGACUGCGAACAUGAGGUGCUCGAAGUCACAGCGGGCCAACGGGUGACACUGACCUACAAUUUGUAUGCCACCUGCUCAGCGAACACGGCUUGGAUAGAUCCGGAACAGGUCGAGCUAUACCACUCGCUGAGAACACUGCUUGCAGAACCGGGAUUCUGCAAGAACGGUCUCACACUCGGUUAUCACUGUGCGCACGCCUACGCACAUACCUCAGGAGACACUAUUCCCACGCUCCCCGCCGCUCUCAAGGGCGUCGACAAAGUCGUCUACGCAUGCUUCGCCGCAGCCAAUCUCCCCGUGCGUCUCCGACACUUACCCGUGCUCGACAAACGCGACCGCUCUGAUUACUAUGCCUACAUCCUCGGCGCGUACGGGACAGAUGACUCGGACAGAAUCCGAGACCUGAAGGAGCUGUAUCACCGCAAAGAAGUAGAGGGAUACGGAUUGAAGUACUACGUCUGGGACCCGGUCGAUAAGAAACAACUCGUUGACGUCGACUUGCUGGCUGACGGUCUCGUCCCAUUUGACUACACGCACGCGGGCCUGUGUGAUGGGGAGGGCUUGAUACCCAUUAUCAAGACAUGGUCCCGCGACUUUAGCGUCAAGAAGGUCAAGUGGCUGAACACACCGAGUCAUCGGGAGCUGGCGUUGGUUCAUGGUGCCUAUGGCAACCAGGCCAGCAUCGCGACCAAGUACUCCAGAUUGGUCAUCACCAUGGACAUUCCGCCGUUCCAAGAACGUUAA